AAACUAAAGACAAAAGUUAUCGCAAAGAGCAAAAGCUAUUGCAGCUCACAUCUCCUUCCAUUGAGCUCAACUAUAUUUGCAAUGGCUUCUCUCCUCAACUCUGUACCCUCUAUUAAACUAUCCAAUUUUAGCAACAACAACCCACUUCGCUCUUCACAAAUUUCAUCCCCCUUUUGCCUCUCAUUUUCCAGAAGAAGGCUUGUUGUAAGAGCAACAGAGACUGAUAAAGAAGUUAAAGCACAAGCACCAGAUAAGGCACCAGCUGCAGGUGGCUCAAGCAUAAAUCAGAUUCUUGGAAUUAAAGGAGCCAAGCAAGAAACGGACAAGUGGAAGAUUCGGGUUCAACUUACAAAACCUGUUACUUGGCCUCCCCUUGUGUGGGGCGUGGUCUGUGGCGCUGCUGCUUCUGGGAACUUCCACUGGACUCCAGAGGAUGUGGCGAAAUCAAUUGUUUGUAUGCUAAUGUCUGGCCCAUUUCUAACUGGCUAUACUCAGACUAUUAAUGAUUGGUAUGAUAGAGAGAUUGAUGCUAUUAAUGAACCUUACCGUCCAAUUCCUUCAGGCGCAAUAUCCGGACAAGAGGUCAUUAAUCAAAUAUGGGUGCUUCUUCUUGGAGGUCUGGGGUUAGCUGGUAUUUUAGAUGUGUGGGCAGGGCACGACUUCCCUACAAUAUUUUACCUUGCUCUUGGUGGAUCCUUGCUCUCCUACAUCUACUCAGCUCCACCAUUGAAGCUCAAACAGAAUGGAUGGAUUGGAAAUUUUGCUCUCGGAGCAAGUUAUAUCAGCUUGCCUUGGUGGGCUGGUCAAGCUUUGUUCGGAACCCUUACACCUGACAUAAUCGUACUAACACUCUUGUAUAGCGUUGCCGGACUAGGCAUAGCCAUUGUAAAUGAUUUCAAAAGCAUUGAAGGAGACAGAGCUAUGGGGCUUCAGUCACUUCCAGUAGCUUUUGGCUCUGAAGCCGCUAAAUGGAUUUGUGUUGGUGCCAUUGACAUAACUCAGAUAUCAGUGGCAGGGUAUCUUUUAGGUGCUGGCAAACCCUAUUAUGCUUUAGCACUUCUAGGUUUAAUUGCUCCACAAGUAUUCUUCCAGUUCAAGUAUUUCCUCAAAGACCCUGUAAAGUACGAUGUUAAGUAUCAGGCUAGUGCACAGCCAUUUCUUAUCCUUGGUCUUCUGGUUACCGCUUUGGCAACUAGCCACUGAUAUUCGAGUGGCGCUUACACGAUAUAGAGGAGACGCCUCGUCCAAGGGAAAGAAUCUAAGAAUGAGACCAAGAAGCUGCUGCUAAGAGUGAACAAAUUAAAGGUCUCUAUUCAACAACUCCUGUUACUUCGCGCAGUGUUAACUUCCAAGUGUAGAAUGUAGAUCAGUAUUCUCUCCUCUGCUGCUGGUGCCUGCUUCUUCAGGGGCUAUAAAUUGUUUAAAAUCUUUCAAUGUGAUGCUGGUUUAUGCCAAUUUUGGAUGGUUUUUACCUUUUUUUUUUUUGGAAAUGUAUUUAGACUAGUUUUGAAGUCUGUUAUUUCAAAUUUAGGAUGCAGAAAUCGGAUAAGAUCCCAUUUCCUGCUAAUUAAGAAUCAUCUUCUUCCUGCCAAAAA